GCCGAGCCCAACCGCACAAGCGCGCGAGGCAGGAGAGAGAGAGAGGCGGGGAGCAAAACAAUGGAGGGGAAAGAGGAGGACGUGCGCCUGGGCGCCAACAAGUUCUCGGAGCGCCAGCCCAUCGGGACGGCGGCGCAGGGCGCCGCUGACGACAAGGACUACAAGGAGCCCCCGCCGGCGCCGCUGUUCGAGCCCGGGGAGCUCAAGUCCUGGUCCUUCUACCGCGCGGGCAUCGCCGAGUUCGUCGCCACCUUCCUCUUCCUCUACAUCACCAUCCUCACCGUCAUGGGCGUCUCCAAGUCCACCUCCAAGUGCGCCACCGUCGGCAUCCAGGGCAUCGCCUGGUCCUUCGGAGGAAUGAUCUUCGCGCUCGUCUACUGCACCGCCGGCAUCUCCGGAGGACACAUCAACCCAGCUGUGACUUUCGGGCUGUUCUUAGCCAGGAAGCUGUCCCUGACUAGGGCCCUCUUCUACAUCAUCAUGCAAUGCCUGGGUGCCAUCUGUGGAGCUGGAGUGGUGAAGGGCUUCCAGCAGGGACUUUACAUGGGCAACGGUGGUGGCGCCAAUGUUGUCGCACCUGGCUACACCAAGGGUGAUGGCCUUGGCGCUGAGAUUGUUGGCACCUUCAUCCUAGUCUACACCGUCUUCUCAGCCACCGAUGCCAAGAGGAAUGCCAGGGACUCCCAUGUUCCUAUCCUUGCCCCACUGCCAAUUGGGUUCGCGGUGUUCCUGGUCCACCUUGCCACCAUCCCCAUUACUGGCACUGGCAUCAACCCAGCUAGGAGCCUUGGCGCUGCCAUCAUCUACAACAGGGAUCACGCCUGGAACGACCAUUGGAUCUUCUGGGUCGGCCCCUUCAUUGGCGCUGCUCUGGCUGCCAUCUACCACCAGGUGAUCAUCAGAGCCAUCCCGUUCAAGAGCAGGUCUUAAGCUGCCGUGGCCGUGCCGAGACAUGCCAGUCCGAAGAACGGGCGUCUUCCUGUGAUGUCUUCUUGUCUGCCCACGCCUAGUUUCUCUGUCGAUUCCUAUUCGUCGUCUCUUCAGGGCUGGUGCUCACUGCUGCGCCGUUCUGUUAACCGAAACAAGAACUCUGUGUAUUCCUGUACCGAGCUGUGCAUGUUUUUUUCUUUCCAUCGUGGAGAAUUUAAGUUAUUAUCCGUUUGCUGCAAGGUUUGCCGUCUCAUUUUAUGCGUUGGGAUGUUGGCAAGAAAGGGCAGAUGUCAUGUGAGAAUUUAAGUUAAGUGAAAUCGAUUCAGGGUUUUCUUGGUUUCAGUUUC